AUGGGCUGUGAUUUGCCCAAUCUGCCAAAGCCUAACGAUUACGAGUAUACUCGUCCAGUGUCUGAGUCGAUUGCACCCAUUCAGCAUCCACCCAAGAAACUUUCUAUCUCAGAUGAACCCGAUCAGCAAUUGUCUUCACAAUCUUCCUCUUCUUGUCCAGUAGCUUCGGAUUUUGACUCAUCACCUUAUUCAACUGAUCUGGGUACCCGACACAAACCUCUCUCUUCUGUUGGCCAAUCUUGUUCACAUUCAUCUCCUGAGCUUCCCUCCGUCUCUUCACUCCGUUCCUUUACGUUGGUUGAUCCUCAUGCUAACUCGCUAUCUGAUAGCAAUGAUAACUCUUCGGGCUCGGCCGGUGCACACUCCAUCUCAGGCCUGGCAAAUGAGGCAAACAUGGUUGAGUUAUCACAAAACAAAAACGAAAGAGCUGACGAACGAAUCGAUGGACUUGGUCUACUUGGAAAUGCUGCCCGUAGGUGGAAUUCAUUUUAG